AUGCCAACUUCAUAUACAGAGUUCCAAGCAGGUGGAUUUUUAAACAACCCGCAAUUUCUUAUACAGGCAUAUAUAUACGAGUACAUUACCAAGGCGGAUGAUAUAGAAAAGUUUGUUAGUAUAGUCCAUGACAUGCUGUGUAGUCUUAUAAAAAGAAAAGAGCAAGAGCAAGAACAAAAAAAACAGAGUUUGAAAGAUGAAAUAACUUGUCUAUAUUAUAUUUUAGAUAAGUAUUUCAUCCCUAAUGAGGAAAAUAAUCUUACAUAUAUUGGAGUAGACUGCGCGGCCCUAUAUAUUAGGUUAAAACAAAAUAUAUCUGCAUAUGAAGGGGGUAUUAUAGACGUAAGAACAUUGGCUAUUAAAAAAGAGGAGGAAUUUAUAAAAAAAUAUUAUACAGAGGCUGUUUUGUUAAAGGUAUUUAGUCUGCUUAUAUACGAAUCAUACCAGAAACAGAAAAAUUUCAAGCAAAAAUUAGCAAUAUUACCAGAGCCAAUAGUUAAUUUUUUUGAAAAACACUCAGAAGAAGAUCUACAAAUACCAUCAGAGCCUAUAUUAGAUGAUUGGAAGGAAUUAAUUAUAAAUCAACUCAAUUUUAAAGAAAUUGGUGUUGGCAAGGGUGAUUUAACUAUUCUACCAGGAUUAAUAAGUAUGAUUCAGACUAUACUGUGCAUCAUGGGAAAAUUCAAGCGAUUGGCCCAAAUAGACACUAUAGAAAAGAAGAUCAAUGAAUCUGGUAUAGAUAAUCCAAUAAGCUGUGAUCUGGUUAAAUCGCUUGAGGAUGUUAGUUAUGACAUUUUUAAACGAGCGUGCCCGCACAUAGAAUUCAUUAAUGUAGAGUUAAUACACCCCAAAAAGGGCCAUGCCAGCCAGAAGAAAAUAGAUGUAUAUGGCUAUCUUAAAUUGAAAUAUUUUGCAUAUAAAAUUAAGAAAUCCAUAUUAAUUAAUAUAAAAAAUCCAUCUGAUACGAGACUUCCAGAAAACGAUAUUCCCAGCCUUCCAAAUAAUGGUAUUCCUUUAGGCGCGCAUAAUGGGUUUCUUAAUGAGUUAGAAAAGGUUUUUGAAAACCUGAAAAACACACUAGCAGAGCACAUGCUUCGGAGCUACAUUGAAUCCGCUAUACAAACUACAUCUGAAAAGAAAAUAGUUCAAACAUUUAUUAAUUCCGCCGAGCUAAACUCCAAAAAUUCUCUGAAUGCAGGCAUUCUAUGUUUUAUGACAACCAGACAGCUACAGAAUUCCUGCUAUAGAACCGAUUUAAUGAUUUUUUUGAUAUAUUAUGCCUUUUGCUAUAAUCUCCCAAAAAACAAUUGUAUUGUUAGAUUUGCUGAGAAUCUACUUCAAAGCACGAAAUUUGCUCCUAAUGCGAAUUCAAAGGUUCUGUGCUUUCUUAUUAUGAUAGGAAAGGCAUCUAAAUCUUAUUUCAAUAAUGUAGAGUUAUCCAUACCUGAAUGUCAGAUAAAAGAGUGUUUUAGUGAUGUAGUAGACCAAAUACUUAUUUAUGCAUCAAAAAGCGUGAAAGCCGAAAAAGGCAUUUAUGCUUUGCUUCGUGGAUACUUAAUCUUAGAUAAAAAGUAUAACGUAGGCUAUAUACGAACUAUGCUCUCCACUGUCGCUAAGGAAGAACAGGUGGAUUUUUUCAAUACACUUACUAAAAACAGAACCACAUUUUAUUACAUUGAUGAAAUCACAUCCUUAAUAAUGAAACAGCGCGAUAAAUCUAAUAAUGACGAGAUUGAAACAAGUGUUAAGGAAUUCUUUCACUCAAUAAUAAGAAUCUCUUCACAUUGCAAAGAUCGCUCACUAAUUUUAGAUCUAUUUAUAGAAAAGAUUAAAGAAAAGAUUGGCUCUAACAAUAUGUCCUAUUUCUUUGAUAUAGAUAGAACAGAAUAG